AUGGCCAGGACCGCGGCGAGUCGCCGGCGCCGUCCACGCGGCGACGACCGGAUCAGCGCCCUCUCCGACGAUCUCCUCUUUUUGGUCCUGCGCCGCCUCGACAUCCGGGCGGCGGUCGGCACCGCGGUGCUCUCCAGGCGCUGGGCUUGCCUCCGCCGUGAGCUCCCCGUCCUCGACUUCAGUGUGGGCGCCUUGCUCCCGCCGCGCUACCACCGUUGGAUCCAGCUCCACGACCAAGUCGGGAAGGCUAGUUUUCCGUACGACAGGACUCAAGUGUCACGAGAGCUCAUGCCUAACAUCAGGAGGUACGAGCACCGCGCCAUGCGCGCCUUGACCAGGUCAGUCGAGAGCUUCCUGGACUCUGCUGCAUCCGCCGUCCGCCGCAGGAAGAUCAGUAGGCUGAGGCUCGAGUUCUUUGUCACCCCAACCCCAAGCACCGCCUGCAUGAAUCAGCUCAUCGCCGAGGCCAUCGAUGCUUGUGGGGUGGAUGACCUCCACGUUGUUGCUAAGCCAAUUUUCUGGCGACGUGCAGUCCACAACUUUGCCAGCCAUGGCCUUUGUAAGGAGCCCAGCGCGUCACGCCUGCAAAGCCUCAAGCUUGGAGGCUGCGUGCUCCCACCGCUGCACGAGUACGGCGCGCUCACUACGCUGAUCCUGCAAGACAUACCGGAAUCGACGCCCGAGGCAGCCUACCAGGGCGUCUUCACCUUGUGCCAGCAGCUGCAGGUUCUGCAUCUCAUCUCCUGCCAGUGCAGCGGCAAGGUCAUAUUCGUGGACGCCCCCAUGUCAAAAAUCCGGGAGCUUGUUGUGGACAAGUGCAGAUUCAGACAGUUCCGUCUAAGGGCUCUUCCAAAUCUCGAGAGCCUAGCCUUCCUGGGACCUAGAGUGUACCUCGAGUCUGCCUCAUUUCCCCGUCUCAGGAAAUUUAACCUCACGUCUUGCCUCGGUGUGACAAUGCGAGGAUUUCGCGAAUACUUGAAGGAAAACUUGAAGAUAGAUCAUGAGUCGCUUCUUGAAUACAUGCCAGACAUAACACAUCUGAUUCUCAGGAUCAGUGGACCUGACAGAUGGAUUGUGCCGUCUAGAUCCCCGUCCACAUUGUUGCCUAACCUGAGGCGGUGUCUGAUCGCCGAUGUGCCUUCGUCCUGGGAUGUCUCAUGGCCCCGCCUCCUGAUCGAGACGGCGCCCGCUCUGGAGGUCCUCCACAUCCACAUUGCAACUUGCAUAGAAGAGCCCGGUGACAAGAUACGCUGGAAACCAAGCAAGCUUCGGCACCAUCACUUGGAGGAGUUUACUAUAGUUGGUUAUGAGGGAAGAGAGAGGCAGAUUUACCUUGUCAAUUUUGUCAUGAGAGCAUGCACAGCGUUGCGCCGUGUCUCUAUCUUCAAGAACGGGCAUGCUCAGAACAAGGGGCACUGGGACUGGGAGUUGAUGACGCAGCAACACUCCUGGACAGACGAGGAGAAGGACAGCACACUGAUGCACAUCAUGGAUGGGGUUUCUUUGUCAGUUGAUCCAGUUCAACUAGCUUUUGGCUGAGUUUUCUCAUGUUUGUGCAUGACCUGCAACCGUCUAGCAGGGUUGAAGCUUGGAAAAUAUGGUAAUGGGUUCAUGGCUAUCAAACUACAGGGUCCAUGCAAAAUAUAAUAGUGCGAAGCAAUCAAAUAGUACUAGAUUAGUGCAAAUUCAUUGGGUUCAGCUGAACCCAACGGCUACAUGCUAGAUUGGCCCCUGCCAUCUUGUAAUGCACAGGCUUCUUUAUAUUUAA